AUGGCCGCCUCGGAGCCCAGUGAAGCGGUUUCGCAUCCGUCUGCUCCCACUCCAACCCCUUGGGAGCUACCACCGGUGGAUGCUGAUGUGGAAGGGUUCAAGAACAGCAUGGAGAAAGUACUUCAUGCUUUCAAGUGCUCGGUGAUUGAGACCUGGGGAGGUCCAUCACAAUAUCUGCAAGCUAAGUUGCCCAAUGCAACUGCUAAGCAAGACUUCGUCGAUUGGCUGUGGGCAGCAUUCCCUCUGUCAGAGACUUGUGUCUACUCCUUGGAAGACCCUCUUCAUGCUGUGUCUCCGAACAAUCUAGGCGAGAUGGCCCCGCUGCGCGUGCAUGUGGCUUCACUUGGGUUUGGAAGUCGUUGCAGCUUCAAGCCUGACCCGUCAGGACAUGCUUCACUGCUGCUUCUGGAGCACAUUCUGCAAGAUGGGUUCUUGACAGGUGGGCAACCGCUGUUGGUGAGGCACAUCGCUGACAAAGAGCCUUUGUUUGCCCCGUGGGCAAAACUGUCGUCAGGCAUGCCCCUCACUCCAUUUUCACUUGGCUAUGUCAAAGGUGCUUUGAGGGCAACGACGUUGUUGGCCUUCCUGCAUUUGGUGUGGGAAGAUGAAUCGCUCCUGGGUCUUUUCCCUCAGAUCCGCAGCACGGUCACCGCCAUUUUCUGCCAUCAUGUGGUCCACGCCAGUGUUCAAGAUGAAGUAUUUCAAAACUUCAAACUGUCUUUGAUGGGCUCGAUUCGAAAACCACCUAACUUGUUGACCUGGAUCCUGACACUCGCUUCCUUGAAACAGCACGGGUACGAAGACUCCGCAGCUGUCAUCCAGCGUUUCAACAGCACAGUCGGAAAGAGCUCCCAGUUGCUCGCAGCAAAAGCCACAGCUGUAGGUAACUUGAUGACACACUUCCCAGAAAGCCUGCUCUGUCUCAUGCAAGCUCAUGUGAGCAAAUAUGGCUGGGAGGGCUGCGCACUUUCCGAUGAUGGACUGUCUACAAAGAAAAUUUUGCCCAUCCAUGUCCACAAGGCUCCGACCAAAGGUUGGAAAAAGUAUGCUUCGAUGAGUGUCCAGGCCACUGAGCUGGUGUUUCGCAAGUUGUUCCACGAUUUUGACAGCAAUCCGCAAGGGCGUCGCAAGGCAGACCGAGCUAGCCCGGAGCAGAGUGCAGAGUCUGCGGCCCUCUUGGUCAACUUAGCGAAAGCUUUGCAGGAUCAGUUCCCUGUGAAGACAGAAGAUAUCGAAAAGCAAAUUUUCGAUAAGUGGGUGGAAGGCCAUAUGGGACUGGAGCUGGAGCUGCAUGAGCUUGCCUCAGAGAAGAAAGAAACAUUGGCAUGCACUGAUGUGAAGUUCUUCAGGGGUGUGGUGGAUACAGUGCGGGCAAAAAUGCCUUUGAGUGAUGGCCACGGAGAGACGGUUCAGCUGACAGCUUUGGAGAAAGACAAAUAUGAUUUGACUGUGAAGCAAAUCAAUUUUGAUCGGCAAGCUUUCCGCAUCUACAAGGCGAAGCUAGAAAACUUUGAGACCCACAUUCACUUGGCAAAG